AUGGAUUAUCCACUGAGGAAAUUCAAAUUCCAUUUACCAAUGAAACAUGAAUGUAUUUUGGCAGAACAAAGGUACAACAAAAACCCUCAUGAUGCUGAGAAUUUGACAAGAUGGGGUGUUGCUUUGUUACGAUUAUCUCAGGCUCACUCUUUUCCUGAUUCGCUACAUACCAUUCAAGUCUCUAUUUCCAAACUGGAGGAGGCUUUUUCUCUGAAUCCCAACAACCCUGAUGUUCAUUGGCUCCUAGGAAUGGCUCUCACUAUGCAGGCACUUUUAACACCAGACUCGCACGACGCUAAACUUCACUUUGACAGUGCAGAUGUUUACUUCAAACGAGCUUUUCGUCAGGAUCCUUCCGAUCCAACUUACCAAAUAUCAUUGGAACUGCCUGAUACUAAGGAUCAUGAGCAACAUCCGAAAAUCGUUAAUCAUGGAUUAGGUCAGCAAUCAAAAGGAUCUUCAUCUGCAACAAAGGGUACCAAUUACCAAAUUCUCAAUUCUCAUGCAUUCUUUCUUGGUAGCUACUAG